CUACCCUCUCGUCUCUUUCCUUCUCCCCACAGGCCCACACAAUAAUAAGUGUGCAAUUAUACGGCUCUAUGUAUCCACCACAAACCAACAAGAUAAAUGAGAAAGAUUAGCUCGAUCGAUUUCAUUGUUCGUAACCGCAUCAAAGGAUGACAGUCUCCGCCGGCGACAGUACUACGCCUCCCUUCCAUGAACUCAAACAACUUCCCCACGCAGUCUACAACCGACUUUUCGCGGCGGUUUAUGCCUCCGCCGUCGUCGCACUUCUCCGCCGCCACGUCACUUCACUAGUAGUACUUUCCCCGUCCUUCUCCUUCUCCACAACCACCUUUCUCCUUUUGGCCGCCGACCUCGUCCUCGCCUUCAAGUGGGUGACGGCCCAGGCUCUCCGCAUGCGUCCCGUCCGCCGGAGGGAGUUCCCGGCGAACCUCCCGGCGGCGGGGAGGAGCGAGUUCCCGGCGCUGGACGUGUUCAUAUGCACGGCGGAUCCGUACAAGGAGCCGCCGGUGGGGGUGGUGAACACGGCGAUGUCGGUUCUGGCGUACGACUAUCCGCCGGAGAAGCUGUCCGUGUACGUCUCCGACGACGGUGGGUCGGCGCUGACGCUGUUCGCUUUCUUGGAGACGGCUAAGUUCGCCGCAUUUUGGCUGCCGUUCUGUAGGGAAAACGGCGUCGUGGAACGGAGUCCCGAAGUGUACUUCACGACCAACAUUUCCGCGUCUGCGGAGACCAAAAACAUCCAGAUGAUGUACGAGGAGAUGAAAGACAAGAUCGAGCGAGUUGUUGAGAGAGGGACAAUUUCGAUCGAAGAGUAUCUUGUCAACGAUACAGAGCGACGAAUUUUCGACGAAUGGAGCUCUGCCGAUUUCUCCACUCAUCAUCAUCCCGCCGUUCUUCAGGUUUUACUGGACAACAAGAAGAGCAAGGACAAUUCAGGCAAUUCCUUGCCAAACCUUAUUUAUGUUUCUCGAGAGAAAAGCAAAACUACACACCACCGGUUCAAAGCCGGCGCCCUCAACGUUCUGCUUCGAGUGUCGGCGGUGAUGACGAACGCGCCGCUGGUGCUGACGCUGGACUGCGACAUGUGCUCGACCAAUCCGAGGACUCCCCUCCACGUGCUGUGCUACUACUUCUCCCCGCCGGCGGCGGGGAGCUUCCGAUCGAAGUACGGAUUCGUCCAGUUCCCUCAGCGGUUCCGGGGGAUCAACAAACACGACAUUUACGCCGGCGACCUCCACCAUUACACGAUGAACAUGCCGUUUGGGUCCGACGGCCUGCUCGGUCCACCCUUUAUCGGCACCGGUACGUUCUUUUCCCGGCGCGUGUUCUUCGGCGGCCCGUCGGAGUCUCAAUUUGUCGCCCCCGAAAUCCCCGAGCUGUUCCCGGACCGGCCCGUCAACAGGCCCAUCUGCGAUCCGGAAGUCCUGGACCUGGCCCAUCGGGUAGCGGGCUGUAACUACGAGGCCCAAACAAACUGGGGCUCCAAGAUGGGCUUCAGGUAUGGGUCGAUGGUGGAGGAUCUAUACACGGGCUUCCAUCUACACUGCGAAGGGUGGAGGUCCAUAUUUUGCUACCCGGAGCAGCCGUCUUUUCUAGGGGACUCGCCAAUUAGCUUUGCGGAUGUUUUGAUCCAGCAGAGUCGUUGGUCGGUUGGGGCUCUUGAGCUGUCCAUGUCCAAGAAAAGCCCAUUAUUCUUGGGCAUCAGGAAGCUCGGCUGGUUGAUGGGCCUGGGCUAUUGUCAUUUUUCUUUCUGGCCCAUUUGGUCUCUUCCCAUCACAACCUACGCUUUCCUCCCGCAGCUUGCUCUUCUCAAUGGAGUCUCCGUCUUCCCUAAGAUCUCGGACCCAUGGUUCCUGCUCUACACCUUCCUCUUCCUCGGCUCCUACCUCCAGGACAUGCUGGAAUUCACAACCGUAAGCAACAGCACCUUCCGCAGGUGGUGGAACGAGCAGAGGAUAUGGACAGUCAGAGGACUGUCCUGUUUCCUCUUCGGAGGCUUCGACUUCGUCCUCAAGUCCCUCGGCGUUUCCACCAAGCUGGGUUUCAGCCUGACCAGCAAGAUCGUGGACGAGGAACAGAGGCAGAGGUACCAGAAAGGGAUGUUCGAGUUCGGAGUUUCUUCACCGAUCUUCUUGCCCAUGGCGAUGGCUGCUCUGAUCAACUUGGUCUCUUUCGGAUUCGGAUUGGCUCGAGUUGUGAAAGGAGGUUGGUGGAAUGUGGAAGGGUUGGUGUUGCAAAUUGUGCUGUCGGGAUUUGGUGUUGUGAACAGUGUCCCGAUUUAUGAAGCCAUGGUGGUGAGGAAAGAUCCAGGGAAGUUUCCGGCGCGAAGUAGUGUUGCUGCUGUUGUUAUGUCGAUUGUUCUCUGUUGUGUGGCUUCUGUGUUGUUCUCUAGCUAGUUUUGUUUUGAGAGUCUUUUAAGUUGUGGAUUAAUGGAGAGAUUGAUAAGGUGACUAGCUAUCGUGUAUUGAUUGUCAUCUGGAUUGGAUUGUGGGGGAAUUCAUGUAAUGUAAGGAGAUAUUGUUUUUUGAUAAAGGUGAUAAUUGCAU